AAACGGGGUAAACUAGUUAGUGCUAAAUGGGCUUUUAAAUGGGCAGUUCCAGCUCUGUGUGUGGUCACAGGACGCUGCCCCCAGGACACUGUUGGCUGGCUGUUUUGCUUGGUGGACUGAGGGUGUUCAGAGCACAACCAGAAGGGGGAGACAAAGGACUACUUACUGUCAAAGCUGGAGUCUGAGGAGAGCAGGAGAGGGGCCACUACAGACCAGAGGCUGAGAGGAUGAAGAGCACGCUGAAGUCCCGCCGAUCAGUCAGCCCCACCAGGGCAAACUCCACCAGCCGCAGCCCCACUAGACAAUCCCCUGUCAAGGGGGGUACCUAUGACUCAGAGCUGAUGAGGGUGUUGAGGGAGAGGGAUGAGUUGCAGAACAUGCUGGAUAAAUACGAACGUCACCUCUCUGAGAUCCAGGCCAAUGUCCGAGUGCUCACAGCUGAUCGGGACAAGACCAGGAUGCAUUAUCAGCAGGCUCAGGAGGAGAUAGCAGACCUGCGGCGUAUGGUGAUGAGGUCAAAGACAUCACGAGGACCCAAGUGUACCGUGACGGCUCAGAGCAUCCUCAAGCGUGUGGAGGCAGAGAGAGACGAGGCCAUGACUGACCUGCACCGCAUGACUACUGAGAGAGACAGCCUGAGAGAGAGACUCAAGAUCUCUCAAGAGACGGCUAUAAGUGAGAGAGCUCACCUGGAGCAGAGCGUAGAGGACCUGCAGAAUGCCGUACUGACACUGGAGCAGGAACGAGCAGAGCAGAAGAGCAGGCAGGCUCAGAUGAGGGAAGCGAUGAUGGGACUGGAGGAGGAAGUACACACACUGGGCAGAAAAUUGACUGCUGGUGAAGAUGAACUCAACCGCCUCAAGAAUGAAUGCACUAUGUUGAGGUUGUCCAGCAGUCAUGCAGAGAGUGCACUGAGUGAGACCCAGCGGCGACUGACCAGCAGGAUCGGAGAGCUUCAAAACAUUCAGGAGAAAAACAAACAGCUGGAUGAGAGGAAUGAUGUUUUGAUGAAGGAGGCAAAUAGUCUAAAAGAAGAACUGAGGGCAUUACAGGACACUGUUUCUGAACUUGACCAGCACCGAGACAGACUGCAGGAACAGCUGGAGAAAAAAAGUGACCUUCUCUGCUCUGCUAACAAACAGCUAGAUGACAAGGAAAACAUCAUCCACACUCUGAAGCUACAGAUCGAAGACCUUGAGACCACCAUAGAAAUCUUAUCUUCACCAUCGAGAGCUGUGAAAGAGAUGGCAGUCAACAGGGAGCGAGAACUGGAUGUUGUGAGGAGGAAGCUGUUGGACUCAGGAGACGAGCUGGCCUCUGUGCUGAAGGUCAAAGACGUCACACUGCGAGAGAACACCCAGCUCAGAGAUGAGCUGGACCGAGCACGACUCAACAAUCAGGCUUUGCAGCUCAAAAUGGAUGAGGCAGUUCAAGAGGUAGAGGACUUGCAGAAGAAAGUGGAGAGCUAUCAGUCUGACAUUGCUCGGAUUGAAGAUCUCCUGUCUUCAAAGGAGCGUGAGUGCAAGGAGCUGCAGGAGUGUCAGCGGCGGGUGCGCGUGCAGGCCGAGAGUUGGGAAGAGCAGGCAAGACAGGCGGAGAGCAGCAUCACUGACCUGCAGCUGCAGCUCCGCACCUCAGACUCAGAGAAACGCAGACUCAAAGACAGAGUGGAGAGCCUGGAGAACAGCCUGCAUGAGGCGCAUAGUACUGAGCGGAGCUGCAGUGCUGAUCUGGUGCAGCUGAAGGAGGAGUUGCGGCGGGUGCAGGACGAGUGCUCACAUGUACACCAUGACCUGGAGAAGACCAAGGAGCUCUGUGUCAAACUGGACACCAGCAAAGAAGCGCUUCAGCAGGAACUGGAGGAAUGUCAUCCUGAGCUGGAGCUCCUGAGGAAGCAGCUGAUCAGUGAACGUGCUUCGGCGCGCAGUUUGGAGGCCAUGCUGAUCAGCACAAGGGAGAAGGAACUGCAGAGACAGCUCAGCUCUCAGGAGAGACUGACUGAGAUCCAGCUGCUCAGAGACAAGCUUACUGUGGCUGACAGCAAGGCAAGCACUCAGAGCAGAGAGAUGGCUCAGUUAAGGACUCGAUCAGCACAGCUGGAGGCUGACCUGGAGGCCACCAGAAGGCAACUGUCCACUGAGCGCUUUGAGAGGGAGCGUGCAGCACAGGAGCUGCGCAGGCUUGGCCUCUCCUCAUCUUUGCGCUCUCCGCUCCUCUCCUCUACUCUGCGUUCUUCUUCUCCCUCUCGCCAUUCCCUCAGCCCUCACACGUCCUGGUCCCCCCUCCACACCUCACCAGACCACCUGCCACCUGAACGCUCACCUGACAGGAGUGUAAUGUUUAGAGAUGUGUAUGACUAAGCAGGAUGAUGCUGGAUUCUCUCCUUUCGAGACACACAUCAAAUCUACUGUGACACCACUGGCCAUCUGCUGUAUUAAAUAAAUAAUCGUAACUCCGUUUGAAGUGUUAUCACUCUGUCCUUGAGCCACUGAAACUAUUUAAUGAUUGAAAUUUAAAAUGAAAACAUUUAAUGAUUGAAAUUUAAGGAUUGAAAAUUGUUUUGCUUAGAUGGUGCUACACUUUUAUA